AUGGCAGACCCCACCCCUUCCUCAUCCCACCUCAAGCGGUACAGGCCAUACCUGCGCCCAGCCGAGGUCGAGCGUCUCUCAGCAAAGCAGCGCGGCAAGCUCAGCGUCGCGCGUGAAGAGAGGGCGCGUCAACAGGCGUGUGCGCUCAUUGACGCCGUUGGCGUGCGGUGUGGUUUCCCCCGCCGGACCAUCGCGACCGCCCAGACACUGUACAUGCGCUUCCACCUGUUCUUUCCGUACGCCGACUUCAACUAUGUUGAAGUAGCCCUCACGACGCUAUACGUCGCCUCGAAGCUGCACGACACGCUCAAGAAGCCGCGCGACAUUAUCCUUGCGUCGUAUUCCCUCCGCUUCCCGCACCUGGUCCGCCGCGGCGGCCAUGUAGACGUCACGGCCGUGGACCCCAACAUGCUGGAACACGAGCGCCGGCGCGUGCUCUCGAUCGAGCGGCUCGUCCUCGAGACCAUGUGCUUUGCGUUCCGCGUCGCCGUGCCGUUCCCGCUCGUCGUCAAGCUCGGGCGCAAGCUCGGCCUGGACAAGGACGCGACGCAGGCCGCAUGGCGCGUAGCCGUCGACUGCCACCGCACGCCGGCGCCCCUGUCGUACCCGCCCCACGUCGUCGCCCUGGGGAGCGUGUACGCGGCCGUCCUGCUCGCGCAGGUCAACACACGGCCACACGACGACGCGCCAGACGACGCCGACGCCGCGCGCGUCAUCAAGGUGCUGGGAUCCGAGGGCGGCUGGGAGGCGCAGUACUCUGCGAGCGUGGACAAUGUCGAUGAAGUCGCACACGACCUGCUGGACCUGUACAUCACCAUCGUGUCCACGCCCGCCAACGACCCGUCCUUGCAGCUCUUCUCGCCGUCGCCCGUCUCGCCGCGCGAGCCCGGCAGCCGCGCAGGAGCCAGCUCGUCGCGCUCGGCCCGUCCUUCCCCCGGCCCCGUAAGCGCGGCCACGACCGCGUUCCGCCUGCACCCGGGCUGGAACGCGCAGUCGCUCACGGAACUCAAGAUCCACCUGCGCGACCGCCGUCCGGGCGCCGCGGUCGGGUGGGACGAGGGCGAGGACGGGGAUGAGAUGGACCCCGUGGAUGGGAUGGGGCGGAAUGACGGUACGAUGCGGUUUGUAUGGGACGACGAGGCUUGA